AGUGUUUUGUAUUUCACGUGUUACUAGCAUCUUAUUUCGAGAUUGUAUGGUGAAUUUCCCAAUGAUAUCUAAUGGCUAAAUAUAUAAAAUGUGCAAAAAGUUUUAACGUAGUGUACGCUGUUUGACUGAGUUGUUUAAAACUUUUUAUAAGAUUGGAAAACAAGAAGCAAUGGUGAAGAAUACAUCUUUCUGGAAGCCACUACUGGCCGUUGCAACGUUGAUGUCAAUUUCCGCUGUUGAGUGCUUCAACUUCGAAACCCGUCUUCCUAUCGUCAAGUACGGAGCAACCAACACUUAUUUUGGAUAUUCAGUUGCUUCUCAUACCGAAAAGUUGAGUAAUGGAGACAAGAAAAGCUGGAUCUUAAUUGGAGCUCCUCUCGGUCAGAAUUUACAACCAGCUACCAACCGGUCAGGUGCUCUCUUCAAAUGCCCAAUUACCCAACUUAGUAAUGACUGUGAGCAGGUGAAGACAGAUGGUAGAAGAAAGCCUUCUGGUAUUUAUGAAAGUGACGAUGAGGAAGAUGACGAAUUGGCACCUCCAGGAUACGAUGAGCUUAAAAGUAAUCAGUGGCUUGGCGUGACAGUGAAGUCAGGUGGAAAGGAGAACAAGAUCUUUGUUUGUGCGCAUCGUUAUAUGAAGAUUCACGAACGAGGAAAGACAACAGAAAACGGUUUACAUUUAGGUCAAGGCUUAUGUUACGUCCUGAACAAUGAUUUCUCAUUUGGAUUUGAAAUGGAAGUUUGUCUUGGACGAUCCACCGAGAGGGAGCACGAACAAUAUGCAUUCUGUCAAGCAGGAACAUCAGGCAUGAUUCUAGAUGAUGGUACAGCAAUCAUCGGAACACCUGGAGUAAUGAUAUGGAAAGGAACAGUUUUUGCUGUUGAAGUAGAUGGUGAAUUCUUGUCAAGAGAUAAAACACAGUACUAUGGACCGCAUGACAAUGCAGAUUCCCCUGUUCCGAAUUACAGUUAUUUGGGUAUGGCUGUAACGGGUGGACGAUACUUCGGAGAUUUUAUGUCUUUUGCUGGUGGAGCUCCACGAUCGAGAGGAAAUGGACAAGUCAUUAUAUUCUCGAAUAGAAAUAAACGAAAUCCUAUUUUCAAAGAAAGAGAACUGAGAGGUGAACAGUUUGGCUCAAGUUUUGGUUAUGAACUAGCAACAGCUGAUGUGAAUGGUGAUCACGCCCCUGAUCUACUUGUUGCAGCACCAUUUUACUUCUCUAAAUCUGAAGGUGGGGCUGUUUAUGUGUACCAGAAUGUAAAUAACAAUUUCACCGAAAAUUAUACAACUAAGCUAACGGGUAAGCUAGAGUCCCGGUUCGGUUUAGCAAUCGCAAAUUUGGGUGAUAUAAAUAAAGACGGCUGUGAAGAUGUUGCCAUUGGCGCACCUUUUGAAGGUAACGGAGUCGUUUACAUCUAUCUUGGGACUUCAAAUGGGCUCUCCAAGAAACCAUCACAGAUUAUAACAUCAAGCUCUCUGGGAUUGAACGUACCCACAUUAAAAACGUUCGGAGGUUCCUUAUCUGGCGGUAUUGAUCUUGACAAUAAUACUUAUCCCGAUCUGGUAAUUGGGGCGUAUGACUCAGCCGCAGUUACGACUUUGUUGGCGCGGCCCAUAACAAAUAUAAAAACAUCUGUAAUCAGUGAGGAGCUACAAAACAUUGAUCCUACCAAGAACGGAUGCCUUGCGGACCCAACAGCUAAUGCAACAUGCUUUUCAUUCAGAGCGUGCUGUUCUAUUGAACCAUAUGAAGAAUCUGGACAUACUAGCAGUCAAUCACAGCAGUUGAAACUUAUCUACACAAUAGAAGCUGAAACUUACAAUCAUUUGAAAAAGUUUUCGCGGGUUUAUUUUGGUCCGGAUACUAAGCAACGCUCAAAUAUCCUCAAGAAACAAAUUAGUGUAGUUACGGAUGGACGUCAAGAAUGUAGGGAAGAAAUAGUUUAUAUAAAAGAUAACACUAGGGAUAUUCAAAAUCCGAUUCGCUUUCGGUUAAAUUACACAAUAUUGGACAAUACACUUCCUACCUCAGCGUUGGAUAUGCUAGAUCCCAUUUUAGACCAAACUCAAGCUGAUAGAACGUUUGAGGCAACUUUUCAGAAGGACUGUGGAAACGAUGGUAUUUGUCAGUCUAAGAUUGAUUUGACCACCAAGUUAUCGUUGGAAAAGCAAGGAGAUAGCUCUUAUUUAUUGGUUCUCGGACGUGACCGAGGUGUUCAGCUCAAUGUUAGUGUUUCAAAUCUUGCUGAUUCGGCAUAUGAAACUCACUUGUACGUGAAGCAUGAUCCUAGCAUUUCGUAUAGUGGGACGAAGAGUCUCUACACUUGUACCCAGUAUAAUGCGACGAUCGUAGAUUGCUCUCUUGGUAAUCCUAUGCGACGAAACGCGGAAGCAAAGCUUUCAUUGCGCUUUGACCCUCAGCGAGUGGAUGACCUAAUAUCGACAUUAUCUUUCCAAGUGUUUGUCAACACUACAUCAACUAUGAUUCAGGGAGCCAAGCAUAGUUCAACUCUUUCAGUGAAAGUUAUCAAACGAGCAAAAAUCAGUAUAUCAGGGGCUGCUCAUCCCGAGCAAACAUUCUACGGAGGAGACGUUAAAGGUGAAAGUGCAAUGGAAACAGUGGAUGACAUUGGCACGGCAGUGCAGCACAUUUAUUUGAUCUACAAUGACGGACCAUGGCGCGCACCAAAAGUUCAGGUUACCGUUCAAUGGCCGCACCAAGUUGCCAACGACAAACCUCAAGGAAAAUGGCUACUCUACCUUUCAGACACUCCCUCAGUUGAUGCUACCAACGGAGGUGAUUGUGUAAUUGAGCCCCAUUCUGCCAUCAAUCCUCUUAGACUUAAGAAAACAUCAGUUCUGAACGAGUUAAUGCAAAUUGAUCGAUACACUCAACGCGCACACAACAAAUCUCUAACAUUCGCUACAGAAAAAUCGGAAAGAUUAUCACAUAGUAAGCAAACCACGUUUUCAUCAUCGGAUAACACCUUAAAUCGAAUUCGACGAGAUCGGUCCAUGGUCAUCCGAGCAGAACGGUUAACGGACAAAGAUGGGAAACAAACCGAUAUCGUUCACAUGGACUGCAAGCGGAACACUGCCAAAUGCAUAUCGAUUGUGUGUAAUAUAUACAAUGUGCAACCAAAAGCUCAAGUACUUAUCAAUGUAACUGCUAGACUCUGGAAUUCUACUCUUGUCUCAGAUUAUCCAAAAGUAGACCUUGUGAAAAUUGCCUCAAUAGCUCGCAUUAAAGUAUUCGAAGUGCAGCAGGAUCAUCCAAUAGAUACGGUUAUGGUUGAAACCUUGGCCUAUCCCGAGCUACAUGAUCAGACUGGAGAGGGGCCUGUUCCAAUAUGGAUCAUAAUUCUCGCGAUUUUAAGUGGUUUACUGGCGCUAGCUUUGUUAAUCUAUAUUUUGAAAAGAUGUGGCUUUUUCAAGCGACGAAGACCAGAUCCGACUUUGAGUGGCAAUCUGGAGAAGAAUAGCGAAAGUAAACCAUUCAUUUCAUAAUGAAAAUUAAAACAGGUGACGAUCAUUGAGAACUCCAAGAGUGAGGAUAAUACUAUUUAGAUAAAAACCAGCAAAAAUUGAGCAAAGUAUACUUAAAAAGUGAUAUGCACUAUUGAUAAAUAUUGUAAACUCCUGACCAUCCAUUAGUUUAUAGUAGUUUUACUUUGGCACUGCCGGGUCCGCAAAAAACAUUUGAUCACCAAGCACUUUUUAGAAUGAUCAGAAAGGGUUACUGAGACAUUUUAGAAGCAUAUUCAUUUAUUUAUACAUACUGCCAGAAGAGCAAUCGAACCAAUUAAAGCAGUGAAAACAUCGAAUAUUAAGCUACUAAGAAUCUUAAGACUGAAAAUAGUUGCAUAUAUCAUGGUAAUUUAGUGAAUAGUUUCCUGAAAUUGUUUUCACUUACUUCACUUAAAAUAGCAUUCUGAAUGUCAGUUUAGUGAACUCUGUUGCGAUUUUGCAAUCAACCAAUAUGGCUGAUUAUGAGGUCACAUGAGAAGUAAAAAUGUUUAGAUAGUUACUAAGCAGCCAACAAUUUGAUUGGUGAGUUAUCUAAAAUAUUAUUGUGGUCACUAUUCAAUGCGUUGAGUAGCGUGAAAUGACAUUACUCAAAUCUCGACAAGUAACUUUACUCAUCAGACGCUAAAUUUGUCAUAUUUUGUUAUGUGACACGCAUAUUUAGAUACACUAGAGAAUAUCACACUAAUAGAAUUGGCAUACCGAGAGAUGAGAUUAGUUCACCAUUACUUGACAAAUAGAAAAGUGGCCUGAGUCAAACACAUCUCGAAAGCAAUCAUUAAUCAUUUUCUCCUUUGCACUAUAUAUGGGUAUCAACCCUUUACGUUAUUUAAUUGUGUUCCGUAAAAGUUAAUGUUCUAAGUAUCUAGAAAAAUUUCUAAAUAUUUUUAACCGGGGUUCAAUAGGCGGAUACAAUUUUAAUUCUAAAUAUUCUUCAUAUACUUAAGGCUGUUAUGCGGGGAAUACGUACCGCACUUCAGAAAUUCGCGUAAAAUCAAAUAGCAUAACUUCGGAAAUUUUAUGAAAAUAAACCGCAUAACUUCGGUAAUCCGCAUAAAAAGACUUCACUUUAUUUAUUGCAGUCCGAUGAUUAAUUUCUUGUAAUAAUACAUGGGAGUUCUACACAAUUUUACAAAUGCAAAAACAGUAAUGUGUACAUACGUUCCUUAUAUAAAUAAAAAGAUAGGUGAUUAGAAACAUAGUUGUAUUUACACAAU